UGGUGGUAGUGUAGAAGGUCUGAAGUUGCUUUUCUUCUGACGCCCAAAUGACUUGCUGUAAUUAAUGGGAUAAUGAAUUCUGCUCACUGUCAGAAAAUCCAUCAGUUUGUGAUCUAAAGCUCCGAAGCAGUUGGGUUCUGCAGCAGGACAAUGAUCUAAACCACAUAAAUUCCUUCUCUGAGAAUUAGCAGCCCCUGGAUUUUAGGUCCUGAACUGCAGGUAAAACCUACCGAACAGGUUUUGAGAAACUCACCCCUGCAGGAGCCGGAACAUAACGUUCCAAUGGUCCGCUGCUACUCUAAAGUGAUGGAGCCGCAUCAUGUGGUGGACGCCGGCACACAAACCGACCCUGUGGUGGUCUUGUCCUUGGCCCAGGCUGCCGUUCUGGGCCUGAUAUCUCAGAAUGAGAUCUUUGGAGCCACCAUCGCCCCCAAUGGCUUCUACACAGGGGAGGCGCGUGAAGGCCCCCCUCCCCCUCCAGAGGCAAUGGAGUACGAGUACACAGACCAGCUAAUAGGUGCCAAUGGAGACUACCUUCCUGAGCCCGACGGAGAGGACAAGAGGCCGGAGGGAUCUCACGGACCUGAGCGGAGGCGCCCAGGUCCCCGGGGGAGGACAAGGAGACCCCGAAUCGAAGUAGAGGCCGUGCACAUGCCUGAGAAGUCCCCAGAGAUACAGACACGUGUGAAAGGAGAGAAGCCUGAGUACUCCAGCCCCUGUUACCAUACGAAUAUUCAUCACGCUGAUAGUGACUCUGAGGUGCUGGACCUCGCACCCCACAGGGUGCCAUUAAAGGAGGAGCAGAGCAGCCAAGACUACCAAGAGUAUGUGAAGGAGCCGAGCAGCCAGCAUGCUAACGCAGACUCAGACAUAGACUCUCAUAAUCACUCUCACUCUCAUUCUCACUCUCACUCUCGGAUUGUUCAAUGCAGCCCAGUGGGCCAUGAGAAUGCCACUGUUAUCCGGGUUGAGGAACACAAUUUGAAAGAAGAGCAGCCGCAGGAGGAGGAGGACAGGGCAUUGAAUCUCAAGACUCCAGAGGAGGAGGUGAACCCCGUAAUGAGGCGUUACUACGAGUCUAGCGUAGUUGCUUACGAAGCUGCAGAAAUGGGUCUGCCGGCUGAAUACGAGGAAAGCGGACAGGCUAUGAUGUGGGGAGACGGAGAGAAUUCAUUGGGGCGUCGGAUGCAGAUCGAUCGACUGGACAUCAACGUGCAGAUCGAUGAAUCGUAUUGCGUGGACGUGGGCGAGGGCUUAAAGCGCUGGAAGUGCCGCAUGUGUGAGAAAUCGUACACUUCCAAAUACAACCUGGUAACGCACAUCUUGGGCCACAAUGGCAUCAAGCCACACGAGUGCCUGCACUGUGGCAAGCUCUUCAAGCAGCCCAGCCACCUGCAGACGCACCUGCUCACGCACCAGGGCACUCGGCCGCACAAGUGCACCGUCUGCAAGAAGGCCUUCACCCAGACCAGCCACCUCAAGCGCCACAUGCUCCAGCACAGCGACAUCAAGCCCUACAGCUGCCGCUUCUGCGGCCGCGGCUUCGCCUACCCCAGUGAGCUGCGCACCCACGAAGCCAAGCACGAGAACGGCCACUGCCACGUCUGCACGCAGUGCGGCAUGGAGUUCCCCACUCAUGCCCACCUAAGGCGCCAUCAGGUCAGCCACCAGGGCCCCACCACCUUCCAGUGCACCGAGUGCCACAAGUCCUUCGCCUAUCGCAGCCAGCUGCAGAACCAUCUGAUGAAACACCAGAACACGAGGUCCUACGUCUGCUCCGAGUGCGGCAUGGAGUUUGUGCAGAUUCACCACCUCAAGCAGCACAUGCUCACGCACAAGGUACUGACACAGCAGGCGCUCGAACACAAGGGUAUGAAGGGGUACAAAUGUGAUGUGUGCUCUCGGGAGUUCACCCUUUCGGCCAAUCUGAAGCGACACAUGCUGAUUCACACCAGCGUGCGACCCUUCCAGUGCCACGUCUGCUUUAAGAGCUUUGUACAGAAACAGACCCUCAAAACCCACAUGAUCGUCCAUCUCCCUGUCAAGCCCUUCAAAUGCAAGGUAUGCGGGAAGUCUUUCAACAGAAUGUACAAUCUCCUUGGACACAUGCACCUUCAUGCCGGCAGCAAGCCUUUCAAGUGUAUCUACUGCACCAGCAAGUUCAAUCUGAAGGGGAACCUCAGCCGACACAUGAAGGUCAAGCAUGGCAUCCUGGACGCCUCACCAGAUGGACAAGACAACCUUCCUGAAAUGGAGGUCCAUGAAGACUAUGAGGAGGAGGGCUACGACUACAGUGAAAGGGAAAACCUGGCCAGUAACAAUGCCCAAGACCUGGCAAAACUGGCAGAGCUGGGCUACUACAACUACGCCAAGGCUGCUGCCCGCUACGCCACAGCAUGACCAGCUUCCAGAGAGAAGUCAUGGCUGUUUCUGUAGCCCUCGUUGCUUCAGGAUGGACUGAUGAGGAAAUGGCUGCCUAGUGACUCUGCACUGGAUCCCCAUUUUACGACUUCUGUAAGAGGAAGCGAGAACUUUUAAACCCCUCCCGUCCUCACUAGCUCCUGUUAAAUAAGUUCAUUUAAGCUGAGUGUAAUACUACAUCCAUUUUAGGAGGAACACCGUGAGUGUUAAAGAGGGGCGACCACUACUGAACCAAUCAUGCAUUCUGACCAAUAACAUCCUAACACCAUGUUCCACUUGUGUGACUGCAGAAUUACUGUGAGUGUAACAUAAUAGGAGCCUAGUUCAACAGCACAGUGCAAGUGUGUUUUAUAGAGGCACUUACUCUGAAGAGACAGAGACAAUCCCUAGCUCUUUCAAACAUGUUGGAGCCAACUGUAACUGUAUUGUAACGGACUUAACAUUACAAGCACAUUGGUGAGCUAUGGCUCAGUGGCAACUUGUCCAUUUUUUUUAGCCACUUCAUAAAGGCCUAUAUGGACGCAACCAAAGCUGACAUGGUGCAAAUUGUUCCUUGUUUGUUUGGCUUUUACCACUGUGGUUUUAAUUGUUUUUUUUAGGACACGGUAUAACCUUUCCGAAUCUUCCUCUGCAGUGUUUUUAUUAUUAUUUUUUUAAAUGAAGCAUGUAGGAUUUGUGUCCAGUGGAUUAACAGAGUGGGAGGAAGCCUUAGUGCCUGCUGCAUUCUGGGCUUGCCUGGGGCAAGUCUGCAUCACCUUCCGGACACAGUUCAGUAUUGUACCGUUGGGGUAUAAUGGAGCUGGAGCUUGUAUUUAUUGUGCAAUGUUAGUUAUUUUCUUGGCAUGCUCAAGAGUAACAGACAUUUUUGAUGUUCCAUAUUGGGAAAGCCCUGUGUAUUGUUUUAAAUGGCUGGAAUUAUAUCUGGGGUGAAACCAUGGUAGCAGUGGCCUAUUUUUAAUUGUAUUUUUUUGGUUUAUUUGUUUUAUCUUCCUCGCCCUGAACACUGCUCUUUUAAUUUGGUCAUUGUACCAUAAAACCAAAAACACACAGUGUGUG